UUUAGUUAAACAGUCACAUAAAAAGAGUAACAAUGCAUGUGGAUGUAUUUUGGGUGAUUACUGCUCUUCUCUCCUUCCCACCGAUCGCACAAUGCAAACCUCUCUAUGUCAUGAUCGCACCCCAGAUUCUGAAAGUGGACACAGUGACAAACGUGUUUGUUGAAGUGCAAGAUUACCCUGAAUCUUCUAGAAUGCAUGUCACUAUACGAGUACUGAACUUCCCUACCAAAGACUCACAGCUACACAAUACAACCGUGGAGCUUACAGGCCAAAACAACUACCAGUCCAUUGCCCAAGUAAAGAUACCUUACAGGGAGACUGUUUUUAAUGCUGAUUCUGAUAAAAAACAAUAUGUUUAUCUUCAAGCAAAUUUCCCUGAUCGAACUCUGGAGAAAGUUGUCUUGGUCAGCUUCCAGUCUGGAUACAUAUUUGUGCAGACGGACAAAACAAUUUAUACUCCAGAUAGUAUUGUCAAAUACAGGAUAUUUGUCAUGGACACCAACAUAAAGCCUGUUGACAAUCAAGUCAUCAUAGAAACCGUGACACCUGAUGGAAUCAUUGUUAAGACUCAGACAUCUGCUCCAGAUAAUGGAAUGAUGACUGGAGACUUUGGAUUAGCAAGUCCAGUCAUCAAUGGGAUCUGGCAAAUAUCAGCAAAGUUUAAAAAUGACCCUCAUUUGAAUUACACUGCAGAGUUUGAAGUCAAAGAAUACGUGCUGCCCAGAUAUCAAGUCAAGUUGAAGCCAGAUAGACCGUUUUUCUAUAUUGAUGAUCAAAAGCUGUUGGUCAACAUCGAGGCAGAGUAUUUGUUCGGUCAGCCAGUUGAAGGGAGUGCUCUUGCAGUGUUUGGCAUAAUAGUAGACAACAAACAAAUAAAUUUCCCAGAAUCCCUCCAGAGAGUACCUAUCAAACGAGGAAAAGGAUUUGUAGAGCUGAAAAGGGAACACAUCCAUACAGUUUUAAAAAACAGUGAAGACCUUGUUGAAAGAACCAUAUUCAUAUCUGUUAGUGUUAUGUCUGAAUCUGGUAACGAGAUUGUGGAGGCUCAAAGGGGAAGAAUUCAUAUAGUUAAAUCCCCAUAUACCAUUCACUUCACAAGGACCCCAAAGUACUUCAAACCAGGAAUGCCCUUUUAUUUAACUGUGUAUUUGACAAAUCCUGACCAAACACCAGCAGAGGGAGUUGAGUUGUUUGUGGAUAAAAUAAAAGAGAAUAUGUCGGGGAAGACCUCCAGUAACGGGAUGGUCAAGCUGACCGUAAAUACGGAUAAACAAUCCAGCAGCCUAAAAAUCAUUGUAAAAACACGGGAUCCUUGGAUCAGAAUGGACAGGCAGGCAGAGAACGAGAUUGAGGUGCAUUCCUACACACCCAAACAGAACUCCAAAAACUACCUGCACAUUGACGUAACUGCAAGUGAGCUAAAAGUGGGAGAUCUGUUCACAGUCAAACUGAAUCUUGGGGAUAGUACUGGCAUUCAAAUGAAUCAAGACUUCACUUACCUGGUCAUUAGCAAAGGACGGAUUGUCAGUUUCCACCGAUUCAAGGGGUCAGGUAAUGUUUUGAUAGCGCUGCCUAUGACUGUGACCAAAGACAUGGUGCCCUCUUUCCGGAUAGUGGCUUAUUACCAUGUAGACUCAUCUGAGGUGGUAUCUGACUCAGUCUGGGUUGAUGUGAAGGACACAUGCAUGGGAACGCUUGAAGUACAGCAAGAGGAUAAACUAUCAGAAAAUCUUCCAUCAUCUCUCAUUAAUCUGAAAAUCACCGGAGACCCUGGAGCAAAGGUCGGACUGGUGGCUGUGGAUAAAGCCAUUUACGUGCUCAACAACAGGAGCAGACUCACUCAAGCAAAGAUCUGGGACUACAUUGAGAGACAGGACAUUGCCUGCACAGCAGGAAGUGGGAUAGACGCUAUGGGGGUCUUUUAUGAUGCGGGUCUUCUGUUUGAGUCUGAUAAUGCAGGGGGCACUGUAAACAGAAGAGAAUUCUCUUGCCCAUCUGCGUCGAAGCGAAGACGUCGUGAUGUCAGUAUGCUGCAGCUCAGAAACACACUUGUGGGACAGUUUCAUGGCACUCUGAAGCAGUGCUGUUUGGAUGGAAUGGUGAAGAAUUUGCUGGAGUACUCCUGUGAGCGGCGUUCAGAGUACAUUGAGGAUGGAGAUGAAUGCAAGAAAGCCUUUCUGUACUGCUGCCAUAAUGUGACCUCAAUGAAGGAGGAAGCCAUCGAGACAGAGCUGAUUCUUGCAAAGAGUAGUGAAGAAGACAUAGAAGACAUCUUUAAUGAUUUUAGUACACGCACAUCGUUCCCUGAAAGCUGGAUGUGGGAUACAAUAAUGCUUCCUAAUUGUGACAGCAACACAUCAUGUAAGACAACUUCUGUUACUGAAAAGAGAUACCUUAAAGAUUCCAUUACAACAUGGGUGAUCACGGCGAUAAGUCUGUCGAAAGAUAAAGGCAUUUGUGUGGCCAAUCCCAAGGAGAUUGUAGUUCAGAAGAAAUUCUUCAUCGAUCUGAAGUUGCCGUACUCAGCUGUCGUCAAAGAGCAAAUAGAAAUCAAAGCAGUUCUCCACAACUUCCUUCCAUCUUCAGAGCAGAAUGAGCAAGAAAGAGUGUUUGUGGAGCUGCUCAACACUGGUACUACUAUUUGCAGUGAGGCCAGUAAUAAGAAACACAGAAAGACAUUCAAGAUGGCAGCUAUGUCCUCCCAUACUGUGACUUUUCCAAUCAUUCCUCUGGCUGUUGGAGAAUUUGACAUCGAGGUGAGGGCUGCACAUUUCUCCUGGGAAAAGGUGGACAAAGUGAAGAAGAAACUGAAAGUGGUGACAAAUGGUGUGUUGACCAAAGCUGGUGAAACCACCCUUGUUCUAGAUCCAGCCCGUCAUGGUGGAUCUCAAAAUUUGCUGAUUUCGAAGCCUAUACUGAAAGAUCAAAUGCCAGGCACAGAUGCCAAGACAUACAUCAUUGCAAGAGGCCAGCCAUUAGUGCAGCUGACUGAACAGGCCAUCAGUGGGGAACACUUGGGCCGCUUCAUUGAGAAACCGUAUGGAUGUGCUGAGCAGAACAUGAUGAGAAUGGCACUGCCAGUCAUCGCCACACACUACCUGGACAAAACCAACCAGUGGAAUGAAAUAGGGGUGGACAGACGUGCUGAAGCUCUCAAUCACAUAUCUACAGGAUUUAGCACGCAGCAGUCCUUUCGCAACAGUGAUCAUUCAUAUGGAAUGUUUCACAGAUUAAGAGGCAAUAUGUGGUUAACUGCAUAUGUUGUCAAAAUAUUCUCAAUGGCGCACAAACUGAUUUCCAUAAACCCUAAUGUGAUCUGUGAUACCAUCAAGUGGUUAAUCUCAAAUACACAACAAUGGAAUGGAUCAUUCCAGCAGAUGGGAGUAAACGCUCUCCAUCAUACAGCAUUUGUUCUUAUGGCACUUCAGGAAGGCACUACAGUUUGUUCUGAUUCUGUAACAAAUCUUGAAAGUAGCAAAAAGAAAGCAAUUGAAUAUAUUGAGAAUCACAUCUCAUCUGCAGCAGAUCCCUAUGUUGUUGCCAUGGCGUCUUACACUCUGGCAAAUGCUGGCAAACUAAAAAAAGACAUUUUUGAGAAGUUUUUUCAACACUCUUCAGAUGGUAGUCACUGGCCGGUUCCUUCAAAUACAAUUUUCACUCUGGAGGCCACUGGUUACGCUCUGCUCACGCUUGUGAAGAUUAAGAACUUUACAGCUGCAAGACCAGUCAUGAGAUGGUUGACAGAACAGCAGGGGUACAUGGGACACUAUGAAAGCUCACAGGCAACAGUUGUGGUCUUCCAGGCUUUGGCAAAAUAUUUAGAGACAGUGGAGCAACCUAAAGACUCUGCUCUACAAGUUGUUCUCACAUCUACUGCAAGACGAAAUCCUAUUACAUUAACAUUUACCAAAGGGAGCAAAGAUCUUCAGCGCUCAGACAGAUUUAAUACCAAAGAGAACUUAACUGUGAAAGCAUCUGGCAGCGGAGAGGGAUCUAUCUCUGUUGUGACCUUUUACUACACAAGACCUAUGAAGAAAACCUCUGACUGCAAAAACUUUGAGCUCAACGUGACUUUUAAAAAAGAACUCAAGUGUUCCUAUGAAGACGCUCAAGAAAGUUACAAGCUCACCAUUGAAAUCAGGUUCCUGUCAACUGAUCACAAUGCCGGCAUGACAAUUGUGGACGUCAGCAUGAUGACAGGGUUUAAACCAGACUUGGAAGACCUGGAAAAACUAGUGAAGGGAAAGGACAGAUACAUUCACAAAUAUGAGGAGGACAAAGACCUGACUGAACGAGGAUCCCUCAUCAUCUACCUGAAUAAGGUCUCAAAUACAAUAAAAGAAAGAAUUGUAUUUAAAGUGCACAAGAUGAUGGAAGUUGAUUCACCUCAUCCAGCCGGAGUCUCUGUAUAUGAAUAUUACUCAGAUGAGAAACGUUGUGUGAAGUUCUAUGAUGCAGAGAGAGAAGAGGGUUUGCUAGGCACUGUUUGUCAAAGCAACGUCUGCAUUUGUGCUGAUGAGAACUGUGCUGAACUGAAAGUCGAUGUGCCCUCCAUGGAUCAGCGCAAGAAGACUGCCUGUACAAACACAGAUUACAUUUAUGUAGCAGCAUUGGACCAAGUUAAAAGAUCCGGCAAGAGCGAUUUAUACACGUUUAACAUCACACAUGUCAUAAAGGAGGGUACAGAAGAUUCUGUAGAGGGCCAGAAGAGAGAUUUCUCAGCCCAUUCUCGGUGCAGUUCAAAGAUGAACCUCAAACAGGGCAAGAGUUACCUCAUCAUGGGCCCCACGCCCACCAGAACCAUACAACAGAGUUACUGGUAUACACUUACAGCACAGACGUGGUUGGAAUACUGGCCUACUGAUGAAGAGGGCAAGGGAAGAGAUAAAAACAUGAGAGAGAGAUACAGUGGCAUGUUAGACCUCAAGAAUAAAUUUGAAGAGAAGGGGGGUUGCCAAACAUAAACAUUUCAGAAUGUCUGUUGGUGACAAUGCUUCAGGCCUUAGAAUAAACGUAUAAUUAACGUGAUGCUCUUGAUGUAAUGACCCUUUGGUGAGUUACAAUGCUGCAGGACUCGCCGAACAGACAAUCAUACAAAAUAAAGCAGUUCCCAGUAAAAUAGCA